AAACAUUAUAAAAACUUAACUAAGUUUAUGUAUUUAGAAAAGAUAGAGCAACAUUAACAAAUAUGAUAAAAAUGACUUAAUUAUUGGGAAAUCCAUAAGAAAAUCUAUAAUUCAUACAUAUAGCAGGUACAAAUGGAAAAGGAUCUGUCACACUUAAAAUGUGCAAAUUAAUGCAAUCAAUUGAAUCAUGUGGUUGUUUUACAUCACCUCAUAUAUCAAGUUUUAGAGAAAGAAUUAAAGUACAUUUAUCAACAAAAUGAGGUCGAUAAUUAAAUGAUUUCUGAAGAAUACGUAUAAGAACACUUAAAUGACUUUUUUAAUUUAGCAGAAAGAAAUAAUCUUGAAUUAACUUUUUUUGAAUAUGUGACAUGUUUAGCAUUAAAAUAUUUUAAUGAUAUGAAUCUUAAAUAUGUAUCAUGGGAAACUGGUUUAGGAGGAAGAAUGGAUUCAACAAAUAUAAUCAGUUCUCCUUUAAUAUCUAUCAUUACAACAAUAGGAUAUGAUCAUAUGCAUAUACUUGGAAAUACAUUGGAACUAAUUGCCAAAGAAAAAGCUGGAAUUAUUAAAUAAAAUUGUCCUGUUGUUAUAGGUCCAAAAAGUAAGCCAUAUGAAAUUUUUAUUAAGGAGGCAUAAUAAAAGAAUGCUGAUUUAACUAUAGUUUAAGGUGAAUUUUAAGAUUUUAAUGAUGAAAAUAAUGCAAUAGUAAUGGCUGCAUCUAAAAUUUUAAUGGAAAAAUAUUGUAAUAAUAUAAUUCAUAUUAGAAUUCAAAUUAAAUAACUUUGAAGAAGUUUUAAAAAUUAAAUAACCAUGUAGACUUGAAUAAUUCAAUAUCUAGAAUGAUAAGGGAGACAAUAUUAAAGUAUAUCUUGAUGUUGGUCAUAAUGAAUAAGCUAUUGUAAUUAAUAUAUUAUAAGAAAUAGAAAAGUGUCUUAGAUUUAUUAAAAGAUUAAAAAAUUAUUUGUAUAUAUGGAGCAUCUAAUGAUAAAGAUAUUACAUCAUGUUUAUAAUUGCUAAAAUAAAAUUGUCAUUAAGUGUAUAUGGUUUAAGCAAAGAAUAAUAGGGCAUUUUAAAUUAAAUAAUUAUUAGGUUCUAAUGAGAUUAAUAUUUUAUAUGAUGGUGAUAUAUCAAAAACUACUUUUGAAAUAGUGAAUAAAGUAUGUUAAAAUGAUUAGAUAAUAUUGGUGAUUGGAUCCUUUUAUAUUAUGGAUGAAGUAAGAAUGAUUUUAAAGAUUUGCUAAACAUAAUGUGAUUUUAAAUGA